UCUCCCUUCAAGUUAAUUUCUUGCUAACUUAUUCCAAUGUCGGCAUCCACCUCGUCGUCUGGCGUCAUUCCAGAAAACAAGUUGAAACUUUGGGAUAUAUUUCGAAACGUGGGGGCGGAUGGGGAGGAAAUUUUGAAGACGGCCAAAUUGGCUCAUGUCGCCAACAACAAAGAAGGAUUCGUCGUCACCAUGGCGGACGAUACUUAUUCCUCCAUUCGUGAAAAUCCUAGAGCCCCCGGAGUCUGCAAGGUUUCCAAAAUUCGGGAACUUUCCGGUAUCCGGGUUAAUGAUUUUUUUACGGCAGAAAUCAACUUUGCAAUAACGGAGGAUGGACGCCUCUAUUCCUGGGCGAGUGAGAUCAGCCGAGAUGACGACUACGGUGAGGACUACGUCGGCCACGAACAAGACAUCGUCAAUCAAUUGGGCCGUUACGUUUCUUCUGAUGCGGCGGAUAAAAUUGCCCUGUGUUGUCGCCCAGCUCCGGUUGAGGAGGGUAGUUUGAUGAGGGUCAAAGUGCGACAAGUCGCGUUUUCCGGAGGUAUCACGACGUACACCGUGGCGCUCAGUGUGGGUGGGGACGUCCAUCAAUGGGGUUCCAAGCGAAACUUGUAUCGGCCCAUCUGCGACUGCUGGACACCAACUUUGAUCCCAAGGGAACGCUUUGACUACCAGGAGGUCAUCUCAGUCACGUGCAUCGAGCACAUGGGGGUCGCUUUAACUGCAAAGGGACAGUUAUAUCAAUGGAAAUUGCGCGACAUGAUGUCACAAAAAGUCCUGAUUGAUGGGUCGGGACCAUUGAAGAAGAUAACUGGAAGCUACGACCUUAUCUUUGCCCUCACCGAUAAAGGAGACAUGCACUAUUUGGAGGUUAACGUCAUGCCUGGAAUUUCUUACGAUAAUUUCCAAGUGUUCUCCCAGCAAAUUUUUGAACCUAGUAGUACAGCAAUUAGAAAUGAGGGUGGGGCGCCCGAAGAUAAGAAUGAGUGA